AUGAACAUCCAUACCAAGCAUGCGACCAUGCCCGUCAGGCUCGUCAGCUUCAAUAUUCGGUAUGCCGCCAAGCGGGAUGAGCGUUCGCUGGGUGAGCAGCCAUGGGACGUGCGGUGUCCCAAAGUGUGCGCUCAGAUACGCUUCGUCACUGCAGGCCACGAGGGCCCAUUCAUCUGUCUGCAAGAGAGCUUGUAUUCCCAGCUGAAAGACAUCCAGACUGAACUCGGUGAGCCCUGGGCGCACAUUGGUCGUGGGCGGGGAGCGGGAGAAACCGAUGGGGAGUUCUCACCCAUCUUCUACCGCUCCGAUGCUUGGGCCUGCGAGCAUAGUGAGACGCGAUGGCUCAGCGAGACUCCCGAGAAGCCCUCCCGGGGCUGGGACGCGGCGCUCAACAGAAUCGUCACGGUUGGACUCUUCUCCCAUAGGGCAAACGGCACAAAGGUUGUCGUCAUGAGCACUCACUUUGACCAUGUCGGUGCUGAGGCUCGUAAGAAUAGCGCCAAGCUUCUCAUCAAGUUUGCCAACGAAUGGGGUCGCGGAAAAGGCGAACCGCCAUCCGUCCUUCUCAUCGGUGGCGAUUUCAACAGCCAGCCCGAUGAUGAAGCAUACAAGACGAUAACAGCGCCAGGGUCCGGCAUGUCAGACAUCUCCGAUCUCGUUCCCGAGCGCAAGCAUUACGGAAACCACCUCACGUAUACGGGCUUUGGGGAACCAAACGAAUCCCCCCAGCGUAUUGACUUCCUGUUUGUUCAAGAGCCUCGCACUGCUGAAGUAGAGACGUUUGGCGUGCUGGCAAACAGCUUUGACGAUCAGAUCCGGUUCUCGGAUCAUCGGCCUGUUGUUAGUGACUUGCAGAUUCGAGUCUAG